AUGACAACUCCAGCAACUGUUCAUUCAAAUAAUCUUCAAGGUCAAAAAGCAACAAUAUCAGUUACCGUAAUGUCAAGGUCUAUUCAGGCUUCACUCUGGCGCUUAAAAAGGGCUGAGUUCUGUACAACUGUUGAUACAAAUAAAUGCACUGAUUCUGUGAAAGAUAUCAAAUUAUUCUCAAAUGGAAAUCCCCGAACAACAUUUUGA